GCGGAGCGGAGUCUUGACCGGGUUGGGAGCCUCCUGAGUCCGGUACCAGGUAGCAGCGACCCCGGGUGAGGCUGGUGUACUCUCCUCGGCUCAAUCUCAGCGAGAAGUUCCACCUGUCUCGUCGUCGCCUGAGGUUUGGGAGCCAGCAUGUCGCUGCUGGAGCAGAGCCAGCACUGGUAUCCGACCCACGUCAAGGUGGUGGUGAUGCGGGCCCGCGGGCUGCGCAGCAAGGGCAAGGAUGGCACCAACGACGCCUUUGUCAUCAUGCAGCUGGGCAAGGAAAAGUACUCCAGCUCGGUGGCCGAGAAGAGCAGGGAGCCGCUGUGGAGGGAGGAGGCCGAGUUCGAGCUGCCGGUGCUGCAGCAGGGCGGCAAGGAGCGAAGCACCCUGUACCUGAUUGUCACUCACCGAGCCCUGGUGGGGCUGGACAAGUUCUUGGGCCAGGCGGUGAUCGACCUGAGCGAGCUGUACCAGCACAAGAGCAGGAACAAAGUGGGAUGGCAUAAGCUGCACUCGAAGCCCGGGAAGAAGGAGAAAGAACGAGGGGAAAUCGAAGUUGACAUCCGGUUUGUUCGGAACAACAUGACGGCCAGCAUGUUUGACCUCUCGAUGAAGGACAAGUCCCGGUCGACCUUUGGGAAGCUGAAGGAUAGGUUCAAGGGAAAGAAGAAGGAAGGGUUCUCCGAUUCCAUGUCGGCAGUUGUUCCCAGCAUUGGUGCCCCUGCUGACAGUGAUGAGGAUGUGGUUCCUGAGAAGAAGAAGAAGUCCAAGCUGAAGAUGCUGCUACCUAAAUCAAACCUGCAGCGGACCUCAUUGUCGCAGUCCAUGUCUGUCAUACCCACUGGACCAUCUUCUCCAACUGGUGUUGCCAAGAAAGCGAGGGCCUUUGGUGAUGAGGACUUCACUGAAGUACAACUGCACAACUCUCCUGAAGAGGAAAGCUCGAACAAGACCUUCUUCAUACCGAAAAUUAUGACCCACAAGAGGACCUCAAGUGCAGAUACCAAGCAGCUGAAUCUUGCACUGGGAGCCGGGGGGAAAAAGGACACUUUGUUGUUUUUUGGUGGUCUGAGGCCAAAGGGUGACCCAGUGUCGCAGUCCAAUCUCUGCAUUAAUGGCAGCCACGUUUACACAGAGGAGCCAAACCCCGUUGCCCACUCGAAACCAAAGAGCGAUCCCAAGUUGCUGUCGAACAGUCAGUUUUACACUUCUCUGGAGGACCUGCCAUCCAAGAUGUCCCCUACUUCAGUUGAGACGAGCAGUGGACUUUCUUCCAGCGUCCAAGUGCUGAAGUCGACAACUCUUCCGGCCUCCCAGAACUUUGGGAGCACGGGUGACCUGACCGUUGCCCAAAGGUCAGACAGGCCAAAGGAGAAAGAUGUCAGUUUACCCUGGAGUGCUGGGAAGGAGGAGGUGGGUAAAAAUGCGGAAUCUGCCAAUGUCGUUGGGGGCAGUGCAAAGUCACUCAACCCCUUUGAGGACAAUGAGGAUGAAGAGGAGAGGAAAGCUCAGCCUACUCCAGAGGUUGACGUGUUAAAAGUCGAAGCAGUGACCAAAAAGGAGGAGCACAAACGAGGAGGCAUAAUCCCUCUGUUCUCCAGAAAGACGGAUGCUGUCAAAGCUCCUGGGACAAAAGACUCGCAGAACCCCUUUGACACGGAGGCGAAGAAACCACCAAGCUCCUCUCUGUGGCCAAGCAGGACAGCAGCAGUCAAACCCAAAUUGGACGUGUCUCCAAAGGCCGAAACCAAAGCCAACUCUUUGUCAUCUCCUUUGCUAUCCCAGCCCCACUCUCCUUCCUCUUCUGCUGUAGAUGACCCCUUUAGCUCAGCUCCUGCCAUAGGCUUGAAGGGCUCUGAAUUUUCCAGCCUCCAUUUGACCUAUAGCCCACCUACCCCAGGUCUAUCUGCUCAAGCUCUACACUCUUCAUUGAACGCCAAGUCGGACUCGUUGGAAUCUUCAUCUUGCGUAGAUGAGCUCUGCCCCUCCCCUCCUCCUGAUGUUGGCUCUUCUUCCACAUCUUUAGAUGCCCAAACAAGCCAGCUCUCCACAGCUGAGCUUGUUCAGGGAAGGUCUGGGGAAGUUGAGACACCACUCAGACAGGGCAGUAAGACGUCAGCCCAACGUUUGUUCCAAGAGUUGACUGGAAGGGAACUGGCUGCAAGCAGUGACCAGCCAUCCUCGUACAAUGGGGAGGAUGACUCCAGCAGUCUGAGUGAGCGACCUAAUUUAUCUCCAGAUGUUCCACUUGAAACUAUUCCAGAAGGCAAGUUUGAGAACACUGAAGAAGUUGAGAGUGGGAGCAGUGAGCAGGAGAUGGAGAUGCCUGGGUGUAGUACUUCACAAGGAAAGAUGUCUGUGGAUCCUCCAGCCUUAAUCGACCUUAAUCCCGUCCCAACGUCAGAAGCCAACCUUUCCGUGGAUCCACCCAAGGUGCCACCCCGCAGCAGUUUGCCCCGUUCAGGGAUACUGUUGGCUCAGAAGCCAUUGUUAGUCCAGAGGCAGAAGGUUCCGCCAACUCCUGCACCAAGGAGUGUGACCACAAUAAACAAAACUGUUGCCAAUGGUGCCUCAUUCCAGUCUGCAGAGGGACAACCACUAGAGGACUUGAUCUCUCUUCAUUGGGAAGAUGAGUGUAGUGAGGAGCCAGUAGCAGAGUCCACUAUGGUUGGAGGGACUGAUACCACUUUGGCUGUGGGGAAUUCUGUUAAUGACUUGCUGACUGACCAAAAGGAAGAUGACUGCAGUGGCACAUUGGUAGCUAAGUCUGAACCUACCACCAUUUCAAGGGGUGGUUUUACAGAGGGGAUCAUUGACUACCCAGUUACCGUGGUGGAGGAGGUGGAUGUGAACAGGGAAAGUCCUUCCAGUCUGUGGCCUACUGGACACCUGGCCCUUCCUGGGAAGCUGGAAAGUUCUACAGAAGACGCUUUUACAGACAAACAAGGAACAGAGGCUGGCAGUCGGUCGCCAUCUCCAGAGCCUCUAACUCCACCUGCUGUGACCCUGGCUUGGGAGGUACAAGCACAGAGUCCUUUUGACCUGAAACCAGAUCCAACUGAGAAUAUCACCAGUGAUUCCAAUGAUCUGGAUAACUUGCAGAUUGUGAGGAUCGAGACCAAUGACAGCAGUGCCCACUUACAGGACCUGGUUAAUGGAAGCAAAAGUGACUAUGAAGUGACCUUCACUGAAAGGGAGGGAGAAUCUUUUGAUCAGAGCACAGCUCUUGCUGAUAAAAGUGAAAGUGAAAAAGUAUUCACAAAAGCUAAUUUUGCUAAUCCAGAACUAACAGCAGAUGUUACCAAACUAAAUACUCUAGAGGUUGGCCUUGGUACUUUACACUUGAGUGAAGAGCAUGAAUUGCAGACUUCUGAGAGUUCAGCUGUGGUUUCUUCCAGUUCUACCCAACUGGUUGAGUCUAUUGACUUUGCUUCUGGUGAGGUUGAGGCUUCCCCUGCAUCUUUGGAUUCUGUUGGGUUCUUGGUUCCUCCUCUGUCUCCAUCUGCUUUGUCACCGUCUGCAUGCCCUGUGCGUGAUGACCCUCCCUUGAUAGAGCCACCAGCAGGGAGUUCUCACGGAGUGGAACACUCUGGUCAGAAGAAGCUGCUUCAGGCAAGGGUUUUGCCUACGGAGACACAACCAAUUCCCUCACAGAGCAGUGGGUCAGCAGUGCCUUCCAAACGCAGACCUCACCCUGUGAAGCCCAUGAGUGCUAUAGAGACGAGAUUUAAUGGGAAGUCUUCUGAGGAGAAUUUGAAGAGUAAAAUCAAGAAUAUGGAUGUGUUGGUGACCAAGUCUUCUGUUGGACACUCAUUAACAGUAAAUGAAAAUCAAACCAUUCUCAAGGAUUAUGAUCCAUCCGAUCCGGCAGCUGCCUAUUCCCAGCUCACCCACGACGAGCUGAUCCAGCUGAUCCUGAAGCAGAAUGACGUGAUUGCGAAGAAGGACGGCCACGUGCAGGAGCUGGAAAACUACAUCGACAACCUGUUGGUGCGUGUCAUGGAGGAAACCCCCAACAUCCUCAAGGUGGCUUAACUAACCCAUGAGGAAGGUGCAGAGACUGUGCGGCAUGGGAGGGAGUUGGGUCAGGCACUGUGGCGAGGAGGUAGAAGUCAGCGGUGCUGCUCUAUUCCAAGAUUAUGCCUUGCACCAACUAUUCAUGGGAUUGUUCAUUGUUGGCUUUCGGAUAGACUGGUUCAUGAUCCACAUACCACCCAGUGGAUGAACGGGGCCUCUGCUCAAUCUUGCAUCCCCUUCAAAUUUCCUCCAUUUGGUGUUGACCAAGUGCCUUUAAACUUCCAGAGCAGUCACCCAAGUCUGAUUACACUCCAGAAUCAUGUCACCUCACUUGUGGUUUCAGUGGUUUGCCCUGUCUGGGGUUGAGGGGCAAGAGAAGGGACUCGGGCAGAUCUGAUCCAGCUGGCCGCUUGCCUUUUGGAACUGGAGCAUCCCUGCGGUGAAGUGGUUGUGAUCUUAGUCCUGAACAUCCCGUUGGGUUCGUUCGUUGUAUUGAGUGUAACAGCCCAGACACACCGCGUUCGACCUGCACACGGUGCAUUUUGACCCUCCCUAUUCCCCAUAGCAAUCUGUGCGUCACCAUGUUACAAGACUUCCCAUAUUGGUAUAAAAUUAUGACACGCUUUUGUCACUGAACAGCUUUUUAUUUGACACUGGAAAAAUAAAUUUGACAUGCUGUAGUUUUUGUAAACAAAAACCUGAACUUGGGAAAGUUGGCAGUCAGCCAGCUGAGUUGCCAGGGGUUUGGGGUGGAGUGCAGUCUGUGUGUCAGGACUACAUGUUAACCCUGGUCUGAAGAACAUCUGAGUUGACUGGGGAGGAGCAGCCAGCAAUAUUUAGUAUUGCCUUUACUGACAACUCGGGGGGGGGGGGGG